AUAACUUAACCUUUUCAAUAGAAAUUCCAAAUUGCAUUUCGAAGAAACGAAGUUGGGGAAUUUGCGAUAGCAAUGAGUCCGCAUCAAGAAUUGUGGCGUCGCUCCAACCGGCAUUUUCCUAGGUCAACAGGAAACUUGCAGUUGCAUUUAAUGAACGAAACUUUGAGUCGACACCAUUUGAGUAGUAUUGCGUGUCUCGCAAUUUACGUAAUUAUAGUUUCCAGUACUGAAUGUUUUUGAAUAAAACUUUGAUUUUUCCGAUUUUAAAUAAGGAAGAUUAACAUGGAAACAUGGUUGAAGUUAUCCCUUUUAUUGUGCGUCUUCGGGUUUUUUAAGGAAAUACGACCCUCUGAGCACUUCAUAUAUGAAUACUUGAGCGGUCCAUGGAGAAACAUAACAGGAGAAGAGGUUAUUUCGGAGGUUUACCCAGUAGGAACCUAUGGCUACUUGGUCCUUUUGGUUGUAGUGUUUCUCAUCACAGAUUUGUUGCGUUAUAAACCUUUGAUAAUAGUUACCGGUUUGUCUGGGAUUGUAUUCUCUUCUAUGCUGAUAUGGACGACGUCGCUGUUUUCUCUUCAAGUAAUGGAGAUAUUCUACAGUAUCUUCAUGGCCUCCGAGGUAGCAUAUUACACUUACAUAUAUGCAAAAGUUGAUAAGGAACACUACCAAGCAGUGACUUCACACACUAGAGCCUCUUUGUUAUUUGGAAGAUUUUUAGCUGGGGCGCUCUCACAAGUUUUGGUAACUUAUAAUCUCAUGGACUACAAGCAGCUUAACUAUAUUACAUUAGGAGCAAUGGUUGUCGCCACGUUUUGGAGCUUCCUUCUCCCUUCGGUACAAAACACCAUAUACUUCCAUCGAGAAGACGAGGAACAAGGUAUGAUCUCCAAAAAGGAAAAAAUCAAGAAUGGCAUUUGUCUGAUGCUUUCCGAAAUCAAGGAGUCUUACACCAACGCAUACGUGAUCUAUUGGUCCCUUUGGUAUGCCCUCGGUAUGGCCUGCUUCCUUCAAGUGCAAGUAUACAUGCAACCUCUAUGGCAGGCUAUCAUAGGCGGCACCGGUCAAACACUCUACAACGGUUUGGUAGAGGCCAUAUUGACUAUUUUCGGCUUUUUUGCCGCCUUACUGGUAGGUUUUAUAGACGUCGAUUGGUCGAAACACGGCCGAUUUUUGCUCGUCUUCUGUUCGGCAUUCCAGGGCCUCAUCGUGAUAUGGGCCGCAACAACUGCCAACGUCUACAUUUGCUACUUCUGCUACAUAAUCUUUUCUGUGUUCUAUCAUUUUGCCAUAACAGUGUCCAGCGCAGAAAUCGCCAAAAAACUGAAGUUGGACACUUUCGGACUUAUAUUCGGUUUCAACACUUUCGUAGCCAUGAUAUUCCAUUCGCUGUUGACCGUAUUGGUAGUCAAUGACGUGUUCGGCUUCGCUUUGAACAUUAGACAACAGUAUAUAGUGUACGGAGUGUUUUGCUUCUUAAUCGCUUGCGUUUAUUUUACGGUUUCCGUUUUUUGGUGUUUACGUCGCGAUAGGAGGCAGUUUCAGGUAAGCAGGGAUGGAAAUGAGGUUUGAUAAUUCU